GUUUGGCUCUUGCGGGAACAGAAGUGUCGCACGAAUAACGGCGCGUAGCGCGAUCUGCGUGUCCUGUCGCAUCAGUGAGAAUCGUGCCGCACAGUAAUGACCACUAGAUUUGACGUGCAGGUAGGCGUUUCUCUGUGGCUAAGUGUGUUGUUUGGGUUUGGCACGGCCGAUCCGUGAGGCGAGUGGAGAUGAGGGCGACCAUUAGCGCAGGGCGCGCAGCGCGGGCGGGGAGGGCCGCGGCGGCGCUGGCGGAGGCGGAGGCGUCGCUGCCCGCCGGCCGUGCCCGCUGCCCGCUGCCCGCCGCCAGUCGCUCCCGAGGUCCGCUCGCGGCAGGUGCGCCACUCACUCUGUCUGUCCCUCGUGUGCCGUGUGACAUGUGGAUGCGACAACACGCCGAAACGUGGCGGCUCGCCGGCUGCGCCUGCGCCGCCGUGCCGCUGCCGCUGCCUGUUCCCGCGCCCCUUCCCACGCCGACGACACCGCCACUGGCCGACACUCCAGAGGACGUCUCUUUCAGGAAUUCGGAAAAACGAAAGGAGAAAUCCAGAGAUGCUGCGCGAUGCCGACGCAGCCGUGAGACUGAAAUCUUCACCAACUUAGCACAAGCAUUACCUUUGCCACAGGCAGCUAUUUCGCAACUUGACAAAGCCUCUAUUAUGAGGCUCGCUAUUUCGUAUCUGAAGAUUAGGGACCUGCUCAGCCUUGCUCCGGAACCGACUGAUUGUAAGGCUGAUGCUAUCAGUGAUCCCCUAUUCUUAAAGGCACUGGAAGGCUUUCUGUUGGUCCUGUCUGCUGAUGGAGACAUGAUUUUCCUGUCAGAUAAUAUUAAUGAGUACCUUGGUAUUCCUCAGAUUGAUCUUAUGGGCCACAGUAUAUAUGAAUUCAGCCAUCCAUGUGACCAUGAGGAAAUUAAAGAAAUUCUCUCCAUCAAGACUCCAGUUGUGCCUUCUAUUCCACGUUCUUUCUUCAUUAGGAUGAAAUGCACUUUGACUAGCAAAGGCAGAAAUGUAAAUAUAAAGUCAGCUACUUAUAAGGUUAUUCACUGCACUGGCCAUGUGCUUCCUGGUACUUCUGGCAAAAAGAAGAUCAAGUCGGAGAGCAGUGGUGAGUGCAGUAGUGACAGUGAUUGUUCCUCAGUUGAUCAGCAGCACUGUCUUGUGGCCAUUGGUGAACCGAUUCCACAUCCUUCAAACAUUGAAAUUCCACUCGACAAGCAAACCUUCUUGAGCAAGCACAGUUUGGACAUGAAGUUUACGUAUGCUGAUGAAAACAUCGGACAGUUCUUGGGCUUCCACCCAGAUGAUUUAAUUGGGAAGUCAGUUUAUGAAUAUCAUCAUGCUAUGGACAGGGAUGCAAUAGAAAAAGGAUUUAAAAGCUUGUUCUCCAAGGGCCAAUGCGAGACGGGCCAGUACCGCUUCCUGGCCAAGAACGGCGGCUACGUGUGGGUCCUCACGCAGGCGACGCUCAUCUACGGCAGCAAGAGCCAGAAGCCGCUCAGCGUGGUGUGCCUCAACUUCGUCAUCAGUGGCAUCGAGCACCGGGAUGAGGUGUACGCGAGCUGCCAGUUGUGCGCGGGCCCUCCGGCUGCCGCUGCGCCGGCCGGCGUGGCGGUGCCGCUGAAGAGCGGGCCUUGCGUCGCGCAGACCGUGUCGGGCAAGCUGUUGUCGGCGCGCACGGUGACGGCCAGGGUGUUCUCUGCCGCGCCCGCCGUGCGCCACGCGCCGCAGACGGUGCUGCUGCCGCUCGCCGACCUGCCCCCGGCACCCGCCGCCGCCGCCGCCUCCCCGGCCACCGCCGCCGCUGCAGCCGCCGUCCACCAGCCGAGGGCCGCCGCCGCCGCAGUCCAGGCUAGCGCGCCCGCCGUGCUCGAGGCCCCGCAGAUUGUGGCCAACAAAUCAGCACUGAUUGUGGGUAGCAAGUUAACAGCCCCACUGCCAAGUGAGCCUUUGCGAGUUGCACCUGAUACAGUACGUUCAAAGGAACAGCCCCAGACAGUAACUGCUAAAGUUUUCACAAAUGUGACAAGGGAGGCACCACAGGUUGUCACCAGCAAGAUAUUCAGCAACAUAAUUCGAGAGACACCGCAAGUUGUGACAAGCAAGAUCUUUUCAAAUAUCAGAGAUACACCGCCACAGACAGUGACACAGAAAGCAUUUGUCAGCACUCCUCAAGUGAAAGAAGCUCCAUCAAUAAUAAUAACUAAUGCUUCAGCAACACCUGUGAAAAAUGUUCCUCAGGCUGUGACAAGCAAGAUCUUUGCUUCAGCUCCCAAAGACAUCAUCCAUCAGCAGUCUCCGCCUAAGCUGUCUGCACCUGCAACUGAUUUGCCUAGACCACAAGCUACAACAUCCAAGAUAUUUGCUCCAAGAACUGAAGAUAUGAACAAAGGAUAUCUUAUGUUUUCAGACGAGGAGCCGGGCUUGACUAUUCUUAAAGAUGAGCCUGAAGACCUUACUCACUUGGCCCCAACAGCUGGAGAUGUCUGUGUUCCACUUGAAACAAAUGCUUUUAUCACAGACAUGUUUGAUGAUAUUAUGCUAUCCGAUAACUAUUGUCCACUCUUGAAUGAUGAUUUGAACUCUCUUAGUGACUCUCAGUCAAGCAAUGGCUCCAAGACAAGUGGAGACCCAUUCUUCUCAUACAGAGAAGAGUUGUCUCCUUCAGCAUCUCCAAGUGACCUCAGUAGUUCAUCUUUUACAAAGAGUCCAGGUGGUUGCAGUAUGCCAUCCCUGUGCAGUCCAAGUCUAUCUGGUGAUGACGAUCAUAUGACACAGCUGAUGUCUGUUGGCAUGGGAUCACCUUGCACUGAUGCUGAUGAGGAUCUUACAAUGCGUGCCCCUUACAUACCAAUGGGCGUGGGAGAUGAUCUCCCAUUGCUCAUAUCAGCUGACUUAAUGUGGGGCCCACUGCAGGAUAAGCCGCCAUCUGAAGACAAUUGGUCAUUGCUAUCACCUGUCAGUAAGCCAGACCUGAGCUCAAACCUAGCACAACUGUUAUGCUCUGAUAGUACAUCAUCUCCUGUGAUUUCAUCAUCACCACCACCAUCAGCAAGAACCACCAUAGGACGCUGCAAUGAUCAUGGUGGAGGGUUGGUUGACACAAAUAAUAUGCUGUCCAGUGCAACAUGUAAGAAAGGGUGUGUGAGUGACAGUGACUGGCCUAAAAGUCCACGGCGCCAGAGGCAGAAUGGGCCACCAGACCCUUUAAAAGAAACAAAUGGAGUAACCACCAGCAGAAGAGCCCCUGACAGGCCUCCGUGCAAGAGGGUAGCACCGUCAGGCUCGGCUCGCUUAGAUGCAGGUGGUGGGGCAGGAGGCAAAAGACCUCGACAGGCACCUGGAGCCUGGAUACCUGAUGGAGGGGGGACAAGUUCCAAACCGCCACCACCUGGUGAAAGUGUGCUGAUGAAUCUUCUGGUCAGCGGGUGUGAUGAGUUAAUGAAUAAGAAAACAGGCCAGAAGAAAUUUGAAAUUCAAGACCCUGGGCCAGCUUUCAGUGGCACUAAAGUGGCAGAGGAGCGAAAAGCAAGCAUCCGCAAAAAUUCCUUCUCGCUUUUGGAGCCAGAGAGUUCAACUAUACCAUCUUUAGCAGAUUUGAGUCAACAAGACUAUGAUGUUAAUGCUCCAGUUAGUUCAAGUGGUGGUUUGUUACAAGGACAAGAGUUACUUUCAGCUCUCGAAGUUUCCAGUGCUUUAAUGGGGUAGCAUGCUGACUAUCUUUUUCAGUCAACUGUUACAUAUUAAGCACAUUCCACAAUUUAUCAGUUCUUGAUAGUGGUGAACUGUUGAAGUACAAAAUCCAAACUUGUUCUUCAAAUCUUAAACACCAAAUGCCAACUUCAUGUUCUGAGAGGUUUUUAAAACUUAUUCUGAACUUCCUGAAUGUAUUUAUUAUUAAAAAAAACUAUUGUGUUCAUAUCAUCAUAGAUUAAUAUGGAUGUAUUUUGUGUAGACAUGACAAGCUUUUAUUGAAAAAGAAAUAUAAAUGUAUUUGCUUUAACUCAUGAAAUAUACAGCACUUUUAAAAACUGUUGAAAUUGUGGGUGUACAAAUAAGUGACAAGUGAGCUGUUUUUUUAAUUUUCCAUUGAACCCAUAAUGUUUGUGGGAGAUUGCUGGUGAAGGAAGGUAUAUUAUGGGCUAUGAUAAGGACAAUAGACCAACUUUACUGCCAUUACCUUGACAACAAAAUUGUAACAUGUGACCCUGAAUUUUUUAUAAGAUUUAUCAUAGUGGUGCAUUUUUCCCCACUGAUGUUUAUAUCUGGGUCCAAGAGCACUAUAUUGUGAAAUGAACAAGGAAAUAUGCUCGUAUGUUAUUUUAGAUUACAGGGUGAUACCUACAGACAUUUUAAAGACAAUUUUAUAAGCAGUUGCAUUGUGGAAGAUUUAGAUCUGCCACCAGAAGAUUGAGAAGUGCUUGAUUUCUAAAAUUUGAAUGUUCUAAUUUUUCUGAACUUUGGAGAACUCCAGAAACUCUUGUUUCAGAUGGGAAUAUAUUAUUUCAUGUAAUAUACUUUCAGUGUAUGCACAUUUAAGCUGUGUAUGGGAAAUAAACAAGAUGAAUUAUGAUUUUAAUGUUGAAAUAUUAUAUAAUUUUCAUACGUUUUUAUGAUAUAUUUUAUUUUGGAAUUGUUUUAGUAAAUAAGACAUUUUUAUUCUUGUGUUCAUAUGAAUAAUCAUUAUAUGACUAAUAAAGUAUCUCCAGUUUUUUAAGUAA